AUGAAGCGUCAACCAGACCAAAAGAACGGAAAGGUUUUCCAAUUCCGCGAUUCUUCGGAAUGGAACGAAAGUGAGAGAGUGGCUGUCCGAAUAACAUCAAGUCAAAACCAACCCAGCAUCGAUGCGAAUCUCUUCAUUCCUAUUGCCCCGAGCCCCAAGAACCGCAUCAUCAACAUGCAGCUGAAAUUUGCAGGACUAGGAGUCCCCUGCGGUGGACUAACACAGCGAGGGUUCCACAACCUGUCGUACGUACGGGUCGAAAAGGUCUAUGAGGUUCCUAUGAGCGUUCUCGAACCGUUUCAAUGGGGAGAAAAGCAUAACUCGGCGUAG